GCACUCCUUAAAUCGUGCUUUUUAAAUAGUUCCACUAAGAUGUUUACGUAUAAUAUUAUUGAUAACGCAUCAGCAAAGACAUUGCAAUUAAUUAUAAGGUUAAAAAAGGCCGCAGGUGCGGAAAUCCUGCGGGUGUUGUGGUUAAAGGUUUUAGUCCCGUAGGUUCUUUCUCAAAGUAAAUAAACAUGGCUGGAACUACAGCAACGGGAAAAAGGCUCAUCCGCUCAAAAUCAGGACUGAGGAUUGUUCCUCUAAAUGAUUCAGACAGAAGCCCAUUUGAGCUGAGAGAACCUGAAUGGAUACCUGACAAGCUGAGUCCAACAUGCAUGGAUUGCAAAGAGAAGUUUGACUUUUUAAAGAGAAGGCACCACUGUCGUCGAUGUGGGCGAGUAUGCUGUUCCUCUUGCUGUGAGAACCGUGUGGCUCUACCAAGAAUGUGUUUUCUUGACCCAGUAAGAGUGUGUACACCGUGCGCAGAGGCAACAUCAAGAGAAAACAUAUUUUACAAUAAAGACCUCAAGGCUCUCGUCACUGGAGCCAUAUUGUGCCUGGGAAAUGACGCUUCAUUGGACCUGGUGCAGUGUCGUUUAUCCUCUGACCAUCGGUUCUUCAUUGUUUCUGGGCCGUACAAUGACUCUGCUCCACCCCUGUCAAUACCCAUGCACCGGAUAAUGGGACUCCAAGUGGGUAGCCGCAAUCAGAAUCCCUCGGGAAAUUGCACAGUAUCAUCCCUGGUAGUGCAGUACUGCUUGGCCGGAGAAGAGGAGAAGGAGAUUAGCUUAGCAGCUCCUCCAGACGCAAGUGCCUCUGCUUUUGCUUUCCUCACGGCACUUGAAAAGGCCAUGUUUAUGAUGCAGGAGUCGAGGGCAGUCAUUGGCACUGGUGAGUGAAAAAGAGUCAAAGAGAUUUGGGAAUAAAUGGACUAAUUAGGGUGAAGGGAGAAGAAAAUACCAUAAAAAAUAGGGCAAAGUUAGGAACAGAGCCAAAAUAAAAAAAAAUCUCUGCAUGUGUCCAGAUAGGUGAAGGGGGUUUGUGUGCAUUUAUGUUUUGGAAAGUUGUAUUUAAGUUUUUUAAUUAUUAGACAUUUUUUAAAAGUAUGAGUAAAAUGCAUUAUUAAUACUAGUACUGUAGCUCUGAAUUUGUAAAAUUAAUGAAGUUAUGCAGCAAGUUGGAAGGGUAAAAUAUAUGACAAAGUAACUAAAAAGAACUUAAGAUUUGGAAGAAAUGAUGCAAAAUUCAAAUUAUGAUAAAGAAAGUAAGGAAGAAAAUCAAGAGUACAAGCACCUUAAUUUAAGAAAGCUCAAUAAAGACAAGGUUAGAGAUUCAGAGGAAGGCAAAGAGAAAGAGGGCAACAUAGGCACAUUAGAAAAUUGCAAUUUAGAAACUGCAAGAAGAGCUGUUAUGAUCCACAAUGUAUUUGUUGCAAUUAUUGCAAUCAAAGCUCCUGGAUUGAAUUUGGGAGAAACAGCUUGCAGUCAGUUGAUUGCAAUAAUGCAAUCAACUUUCACUUUUUUGUAUAAUAGUUUAUAUAAAAAUGACCAAUGGAGAGAGAGGAAAAAAAAAAGACUAUUAAAGUAUAGUACUUUAUAAAAGACAAUAAAUGCAGGGAAGAUUGUAUUAAACACUAUUAUACAUAAUAAUAACAAUACUGAGAUGGAAACAUUUUAGUACUAAAAUCUAAAGCUUAUCAAAACUGAUUCUUGUUACCACAUACAGUAUCAAUAUAUGGUAUGUAUACUGCAGCAUUUCCCAACUUUUUUUUUUUGACCCAUGCCCCAUCUGAGCACCUAAAAUAAUUAAUAUUCCCCUCGGCUGAGGGGCUAAAAAAAAAAAAGUUUCCAUGAUGUCAUCAGGAAACUUAACACUUUCGCCCGGGCAUGACGCAGCAUUGCGUCAUCCGUUUACUGGCGGUAAUACCGGGGAUGACGCAGCAUUGCGUCAUCC